AUGGCCCAGUUCGAUAUAAUAUCAUAUAUAAUUGGUGUAUUGGUUAUGAUAUUUGGAGUAGUUUUACCAUUAUCAUUUAUGAUUUACAAGAACAAGAAAGUAUUUUCAAACAUUAAAACAUCAAAGCAAUGA